AUGAUCAACGCCACCACUUACCUACUGAGUCCCACAGAGACUCCUGGCCUGGUGGACGCCAAUGGGCUUACAGAAGAGAGUGCGAAGAUGGUGACGGAGCCUCUCAAGGAGAACAAUGAGAAGUACCAUAUCGUCUUCACCAUCGAAGACCAUAUGGGUGUCUACCUUCACAACCACAUCGCCCAUCAUGACUUGACGCCAUGGGCCUUGGGUGCCAAGCCCAGUGUCCUUCGUUCCCAGCACGAAAGGAACACGUGUUACAUGCGCGACGCGAUGAUUGUGGUUGAACCGUUGGUCCAGGACCUUGAGGAUGAUGCCAUUUUCCUUUUGGGUGCGUGCAUUGACGAAGACUGGGGGCUGACGGUGGCUGCCAGGUAUCAAGAGUAUCUGAGCGAGGCCGAUGCCCUGGCGGCAGAGAAACGGGAGUCACCCCUACCCUUGGCGACCCUGAUUGAUAUGGAGCGUGCCGAUCCCAAGAUUAGCACUGUGUCAAGCCAUGAAUUCCACACUCAGACGCGCAAGCAUUCGGAGCGAGCAACUGCAGAGCUCAUCAACACAGCUGUUUAUAUCACCGCUGGUGCCCAGCUGCCGCCGUACCAGUGCACAUUUGAUUUCUAUCUACUCCACUGCCUGACUGCAAGCAUUGGCCAUGUGUCCUUCUUGAGGGAGCCAUCCUUCACCAACGAACAGAAAUCGCUGUUGCUGGGGUACAGCGGACGGGUGUUCAUGAUGACCUAUGCAGGCAUGGGCUGCCCGCAGCUUCGAUUAGACUAUCUCUGCUCACACCGAUCGAAGCUGCCAAAUCAAGGCUGGGGUGAGGUAUUUGAUCGGGCCUGCUAUCACGAAGAUGACGGCCAUAUGUCCAAGAUGAUCCGUUUGACAAAGCUGUCCCAAGACCUGUCGGAACAAUACGACUGUCUGCCGGAGUUUCGGGUGAAAAAGCAUAUGUUCUUGAUAGCCGGAAUUGCUAUGAUUGACUCCGCCAGCGAGCAGCCAAUGACCUGGACCAAGCAUUGGGACUUUGUUCGAGGGGCUGGGUAUCCUGACGCUUGGACGCGGUUCCCGAAGCGAGAUUACUGA